AUGGACCUGAAAAAGAGCAAAAAAAAAAUUGAACAAGAGAAGCGGAGGAAGCUCCUCCUGAUCAACGAGCACAACCGGCUGACGUUUGCUGUGAACAAAAAGGAAGCUAAGUUGAAGGAGCUGGAGGAGUCAUUGAAAGCCAAGAACUUACAGCCAACAAAUUACAACAAUGAAGAAGAAAGCAGGCAGCGCAUACGGCAGCUGGAGAACAACAUGGACAAGAUGAAGAUUAAGUUCAUCGAGGCUAGGGAAAUCCAGACGGCCUAUCAACACAUCCGUGAACACCUGCAGCAGGAGGUCCGCGGUAUGUACUGGGCCUUGGACCAGAAAGAGCACGCUAUUGCUGUUGCACAGGCAGAGGUGGACAGAGCAAACAAACAGUUCCAGUCAGCAGCAGCUAAUGCGGACAGCACACUGUACAGGGUGGUUCAGAUGGAAGACGAGACAAUGAGGAUGAAAAGAGAAAUGGAUACUAAGAUUUGCCAACUGACUGCAGAAGAAAAGGCGCUGAAGAGGCAAAUGGAGACACUCGAGCAUCUCAGCCCCACAGGGCAGAGCAGGCAGAAAGAGCGGGAAAUUGAAGAAGAAGAAGAACAAGAAGAAGAAAAAGAAGAAGAAGCACACUUAGUUCCAGUCACAGAUCAUCAGUGUCAUGACGUCUGUGGUGCUUCCCAGUCCGACAUGAAGCUGGUGGAGGAGAUGGAGGCUCUGAGAGAAGCUCUGGGCUACGCUGAAGUGCAGGAAGCAGGCUUCACCAAGUCUGCCACGUUGCACCUCCAUGUUGUGAAAAGGGGUUGUUCAGUUGGAGGCAAUCUGCAAGCUCACCACUAG